AUGUCGGGCUAUGAAUUGGACAUAAAAUUAUUCGAAAAGCGCUUUAAAAAGAUAGCAUCUGCUUGGAAAGAUACUGAAAAUGAAGAUUACUCUGGGUUUCGCGAUGCAGACGCGAUUUUAGUACCAGUUGGCGAUUUAGAUGAAGAUUCCACUUUCAAGAAGUCAACUUCCCUUCAAAACUGGUUACUUGGUUACGAGUUCCCUACGACGAUUACAAUCUUUUUACCUGACAAUACCGUCAUAUUCAUAGCAUCAAAUACCAAAAUUAAAAUACUUAAACAACUCGAAAGUGCUAAUGAUAUUAACGUUGAAUUAGUUACAAAAACUAAAGAUCAAGAAGCUAAUCAACAAGCUUUGGAAGCUGUAGUUAAUCGUUUGGCCGGUAAGCGUAUUGGUGUCUUCUCAAAGGAUAACGCUCAAGGUAAAUCAAUCGAUGAUUGGAAUAAAGCCAGUCAAGGUAAAUUAGGUGAAGAAGUCGAUAUCACUUCUGCAAUCGCUACCGUCACAGCACCAAAAGAUACAUACGAGCAAAAGAACCAUAAAUACGCUUCACAACUUUCUUCUCACUUAUUGAAGUGGGGUAUGGAUAAAAUUAUGAGCUAUAUAGAUUCUGAGAAGAAGAUAAAUCAUUAUACCGUGGCUGAACAGAUCGAGCGUAAAGCUGCGAAGAAUGAAGAUGAGACUGACGCAAAAGACUUGUCAUUUUGGAAGAAAAUGAAGACUUUCAAUGAGCUUGAAUACGCUUCAAGUGAACCAGUUUAUACCCCCAUUAUUCAAUCAGGUGGUGAAUACAGUCUUAAACCAUCCGUUAUGUCAGACGAAAACAAUCUAAAAGCGGGUGUAAUUACAACUUCUCUUGGUAUGAGAUAUAAAUCUUAUUGUUCAAAUAUUGGUAGAACAUUCUUUAUCGAUCCCCACAAAACUCAAGAAGAAAAUUACGCUUUCUUACUCGAAUUACAAAAGCGUGUUAUUGAAAAAAUGACACCUGGAACACUUCUAUCAGAAGUUUAUGAAACUGCUUUGAAUUUCGUUCGCAAGACUAAACCAGAACUUGAAGAAAAACUGAGUAAAAAUCUAGGUUUUGCUACAGGUAUCUACUUCCGUGAUUCUACUUACAUGAUCAGUCCAAAAUCCAAUCGUAAAAUUCUCAAAGGGAUGGUUUUUAACUUAGCAAUUGGUUUUAGUGAUAUAAAAGAUCCAAAGAAAUCAGGAAAGAAUUACGUUUUAUCAUUGAUUGAUACAAUAUUAAUCGCAGAUGAAGCUGCUGUUUGUCUUACUGAAGGUAAUAAGUCAAGUAGGGAUGUUAUGUUGUUCAUGGAAAACGAAGACGAAGAGGAUAGUGAUAUUGCAGAAGUCAAACCUAAGAAACAAUCUUCUCCAAAAAAGAAGAGCCAUUCAAAUGAUCUCGAAAGCGCUGUUAUUGGUAAUAGAAUGCUACGUGGUAAGACGCGUAAUGCAGGUCGCGAACCUGAUCAAUCAACUGCUCAUAAAAUCAAAGAGCACCAAAAAAUACUCCAUGAAGCCAAAAACGAAGAAGGUCUUAAACGUUUUGCUGAAGGAAAAGAUUCAUCAAAUGGUUCUAAACCAGAAGUAUUCAAGCGUUUCGAUUCUUAUAAGCGCGAACAACAAGUUCCUAUUAAUAGAGAUUUGAGAAUACUUGUGGAUACCAAAGCACAGACUGUUAUUCUACCAAUCAAUGGUUUCAUUGUUCCUGUGCACGUUUCUACUAUAAAGAAUAUCAGUAAGACAGAAGAAGGUGAUUACACUAGUUUAAGAAUAAACUUCAUUACUCCAGGUCAAUCAGUUGGAAAGAAGGAGGACGUACCAUUUGAGGAUCCUGACUCAAUGUUUAUUCGUUCAGCUACAUUUAGAUCAACUGACAAACUAAGAUUCUCAGAUUUAUACAAAGAUAUUACUGAACUAAAGAAACUCUCAACUAAACGUGCUGCUGAGAAACGUGAAAUGGCUGACGUAGUUGAACAGGAAAACUUGACAGAAAUUAAGGGACGUAGACCGGUUAGAUUAGGAGAAGUAUUUGCGCGUCCAAUUGAAGGAAAACGUCUAGCAGGUGACCUUGAUAUUCAUACAAAUGGUGUAAGAUACACAACACCGACAAGAGAUCAGAAGAUAGACGUUCUCUUUAGUAAUGUCAAACACUUUUUCUUUCAACCAUGCGAACAUGAAUUGAUUGUUCUUAUACACUUCCAUCUCAAAGCUCCAAUUAUGAUAGGUAAGAAAAAAACGAGAGAUGUACAAUUUUACCGUGAAGCAACAGAUGCAUCCUUCGAUGAGACAGGUAACCGUAAACGCAAGAUAAGGUACGGUGAUGAAGAUGAAAUUGAGCUGGAACAAGAAGAGAGAAGACGUCGUAAUGCUUUGAAUAAAGAAUUCAAAGGGUUCGCUGAAAAAAUUGCCGAAGCUUCCCAGGAUAACUUUGAUGUUGAUAUACCAUACCGUGAACUUGGUUUCCAAGGUGUACCACAUCGCACUGGGGUCUUAUUACAACCAACAACUGAAUGUCUAGUUCAAUUAACUGAUCCACCUUUCACCAUAAUUACAUUAGCAGAAGUUGAAUUAGCACACUUAGAAAGAGUCAGUUUUGGUUUGAAAACAUUUGAUAUAGUAUUUGUUUUCUCAGAUUUCUCCAAACCAGUUAUGCAUAUCAACUCUAUUCAAGCUUCUCAAUUGGAUAAUGUAAAAGAGUGGCUUGAUUCUUCGGAUAUACCAAUAUCUGAGGGUCCAGCAUCCUUGAAUUGGAGCGCUGUUAUGAAGACAGUAAAUGAAGAUCCGAAAGACUUCUUCGAAUCAGGUGGUUGGUCAUUCCUUGGUGGAUCUGGCGAUCAAGAGGACGGAAGUGACGAAUCUGAACCUGAAUCACAAUACAAUAUGUCAGAGGAUGCUGUAGAUGAUGAGAGCGAAGAUAGUGAUGAAUUUGAUGAUUCAAAUGAUGGAUCUGAAUCUGAUGCAUCUGAUGCAUCCGACGUUUCAGGUGAAUCUUGGGACGCACUCGAACGUCGCGCUGAAAAAAGUGACCGCAAGCAUUACAAAGGUUUAGAUGAUGAAGAAGGUGCUUCAAAAUCUUCAAAGGGUAAGAGACGUUAAAUAUUUGUUAAAUUAUGCCAAAUCAUCACAUUUUAUGAAAUAUUAUGAUAUAUA